AAGCGGACCCACUGUUCUCUCUCUUUCUCUCUCUCUGACCAUCAAAUCCCAAAUCCCCCUCCCCCACCCCCUCUGUUUUUUUGACCCACCGCCAGAUCCGCUUCACCCGCAAACACAACCUUCUCCAUCUGGGUUUCUCUCCUUUCUUGCCCUAACAAUCCCUCAUUCAUCUCCUUUCUCUUCCAUGGGCUCCCACAUCCUCUUCAACCGUCCAUUCUGAAAGAAAUGGACAUUGCCGGAAUCUCUCCCCUGCUCUAGCAAUGUGCAGGAUUUUGCAUUCUCAACUCCACGGACUAUAGUUUUCAUAUAUAUAAUAUAUAUAUAUUACUUAUAUAUAUAUAUAUAUUUCUUUAGCAUGUCUGAUUUGGUGGCCCGCACUGGACGGCAUCAGCAGCGGUACGAUGCCGGUUGUCGCCUUAUUGCUGGGUGUAUUCCUUUUAGGUAUAGAAGUUCCGAUGGCAGUAGUGAUGAAAUUUCAGAUAAAGUAGUGGAGGUGCUUAUGAUUGACACACCUAGUGGACCGGGCCUUUUGUUCCCAAAGGGAGGCUGGGAGAAUGACGAGACAGUGGAGGAAGCUGCUGUAAGGGAAGCUAUUGAAGAAGCGGGUGUUCGUGGUGAACUUAUGGGUUUCUUGGGAGAUUAUCAUUUCAAGAGUAAAACACAACAAGAUGAGUUUAGUCCAGAUGGAUUGUGUAGAGCUGCAAUGUAUGCAUUACUUGUCACUGAGGAGCUUGAGUGCUGGCCAGAACAGAACACGAGAAACAGAAGUUGGGUGACCAUACCUGAGGCAAUUGAAAAAUGCAGACAUGCGUGGAUGAGGGAUGCCCUUGCCAUUGGUUUCAACAAAUGGCAUGCAGAAAAUAUUAGUGAUGAAUAACUUGAACUUCAUAUCCAUGCAAUGUAUGCACACUACAAAGUAUCGUGCAUGCUAACGAACAUCUAGAGGAUUGUUUUCAAGAGUCUCUUUUCCCCUUCCUCAACCAAUCAUGAAGAAUCAAAUAGUAGAACUAACGCCGAGGAUUACACAGGCAAUGUUUUUGGUUGCUCAUUUAUACAUUAUGAUUUUAAUUUGGAGGGAAUUCAAUCCUUAUAUAAGCACUUGGUCAAGCUUCCUUGAUUUACAGAUGUAUUUCAAAUUUUCUUAUUCAUUUACAAGUGUGAUGAAUACAUGCCAUGAUUUAAUAUGGUGUAUUGGAGGAAUAUGAAGUCAGAAAGUUGUCGAGGUUAUUUGGUGGUUGAACUUUCUUAUUCCAACUCUUGACAAGUCACUCUAUAAACAAGUGUAAAAGCUUAAUUCAUCUUGAAAAGGAUGAAACCAAGCUCAGCAAACUUUUAUC